AUGGAUAUUGAGACACUGCUCAAAGAAACCUUUCUCCCACAGCCCUUACAAGAAAGCUGUAUGAAAGAUAUGAUUCCUUUGGGAAAUCCUUCAUUGCAAGAAUGCUUGCAAGAUUUUCACCAAAUUGAUCAGUUUCACUUCAAUGUGCCCUCAUCCAAUAAUUCAAUAAUCCAGACCCCAACUUUUGAUGCUUUUGACAAUUUCACCUUUACAGGUUCAUCACCUGCUUUAGAUUACGAGAGCAAGCCUUUUACUGAUAAUUUCCUUUAUGGAAAUUAUAACUUGAUUCUCCCUCAAAGGAAUGUUGAACUAGAUAUGAUGGUUACAGAUCAAAGCUUUUUGCCUUUUACUCCUCAAGAAAUCAAACCCUCCAAUGUUGUUUUGCCAGAUCAAGUUUCGAUGAAUUAUUACAAAACAAUUGGCGUUAACAAAAAUAAUAAAUCCUAUCCAACCACUCCAAGAACGUACAAAGUUCGCAAGAAGUCCAACACAGUAAAGGGGCAUUGGACAAUAGAAGAAGAUGGAUUAUUGAUUCAACUGGUGGAACAAUACGGAUUGAGGAAGUGGUCUCAUAUUGCUAAGCUACUGCCUGGAAGAAUUGGAAAACAGUGCAGAGAGAGAUGGCAUAACCAUCUAAGGCCUGAUAUUAAGAAGGACACAUGGAAUAGUGAAGAGGAUAAAAUACUGAUAGAAGCUCAUGCUGAGGUAGGAAACAAAUGGGCAGAGAUUGCGAAAAGGUUGCCUGGAAGAACUGAGAACUCAAUCAAAAACCACUGGAAUGCAACCAAGAGAAGGCAAUAUUCCAAAAGAAAGUGCAGAUCCAAGUACCCCAGAGGCACUCUUCUGCAAGAGUAUAUCAAGAGCUUGAACUUAGACAAGAACCCUCCAAUAGAUUAUAGGAGAAAAUCUGCUGUGAACAAUGCUAUCAAAACCAGCACAAGCAAAUCCACUGCACCUGCUUUGCCCCAGACUGCUUCUCAAUUUUCUGCCAUUGAAAGCAUGGCACCAGAUGCUGUGCCUUGUGUUCCUUUCAGGGAUAACAAUGAAGGAAAAUUUCAAUGUGAUCCUAUGAUGGAGGGAAUGCAGCAUUGCGAAUAUGGAGGAAUAGAGUGUUUUGCAGCUGUUAAUGGAGAUGAGAAUCAUGCUGAGACUGAUAUGCAACCAGAGAUGCUGGAAGUUGAAGUUAAGAAGGAGCUGGAUUUGGUUGAGAUGAUCUCUCAGAUUAAUAGUGAAACUUUUCAUGUUUAA